AUGUCGUUUCCUACGCGUUCGCUGUCGACCCAUAUGCGUGCCCAAGGCGGCAUCGGCGCGUCGAGCCAGCAAUCCGCGCUCUCUGCUCGAAUUGAGGAGAAACGCGCCGAGCUGGAGCAUUUGAAGGAGCUCAAGGAGCUUAGCGCUAUCGCAGCCGUGAUUGGCAACUGGCACAACGUUUUGGGUGCUAUCAACAUGGCAUCAACAAAAUUGGCAAAGCCAACACCAGCGACUGCAAACGAGGGCGGGGAGCGUGAAGAAGCUGGGCCGCCACUCCCAGAGACACUCGUCCGGAUUCCUACAGAACACGCGCCGACAUUACAAGCCCAGACGGAAAGUAUAGAGGCCGCAGCCGCCGAAGACGCGUCCAUGGCGAGCCCUUGA